CUCCUCUCCAACGCUUUCGGUCAUGAAGUUCCUGAUUUUUUAAUACCCACCCCCCUGCCUCUCCGGUCACCCUGCGGUGAAAACUUUCAUUCUCCCCAGAGCCAUGAAAUCACGAGAAAUGGACGCUGACGCGGAAGUUGAAUAUGAGAGAGUGAAGAAUCUGCUGAAUCGAAUCAGUUGGCCACUGGACAUCGGUGGAAUUUGGCCAAAAAAUACCUCGUUAUCAGCGCACCUCAGGUCCACGAUAUUCAUGACGUACUACGCCCUUCAUAUCUCGAUACAAUUCCUCGAUUUUCUGAAUGUCAUUGGGAGCUUGGAGCUGGUGAUAGCUAAUCUGGUGGAGUCCACGUUUCAGCCGAUGGUGCUGAUCAGGCUCUUCACAAUUCGCCGGAGUAAACUGACCCUGCGAAUCAUAGAAGCCCUUGAGGAGGACAUGGCCAUCGAGAACUUCAAGGAUCGGGAGGAGAUCAGGAUCCUCAGUCAGUAUGCAUCGAUGGCAGAGAAAUUCUACAGGAUCGCCGGGAAAAUGGCGGCUCUUGCUGCUGUUGUUUAUUACGUGACACCGGUACAAACGUAUCUUGUAAAACGACUUAUGAAUCGCAAUGCAGUCCUGAUAAAUCCAUAUCGAAUUUACCAUUUCGUCGAUAUAUCGUCCCUCAAGAGAACAGCAAUUGUUUACGUCUGUCAAUGUCCAAUGAUGUAUGCGGCCACAACAUUGAUCAUAACUUACGCUGUCAUAUUCUCAUUCGUCAUGAUUUUUUGCGGUCAACUUGCGGUUCUGAGUCACAGGAUUUUGAAUAUGAAGAAGGAUAACACUGAUCCUCGUGUUUUUUUUCGUCGACACGCAAGACAGCACAUUAAAAUUAGUGUGAUGAUGCAGUGGCUCAAUGAGGCGUUUCGUGUGGCCCUUCUGUACGAUCGCUUUGCCACCACAGUGUUGAUAGGACUAAUUUGUUAUAAAUUAUUAUUGGAUAUCCAUGACGUCAAUGUAUUUGGUAUAUUUCAAUUAGUAAAUUAUGUUGUGUACAUGACACUGUUAGUGUACCUCAACUGUUUCAUGGGAGAAUGCUUGAAUACAGAGUGUACAGCACUUCUGAACGCCUACUAUGACUGUGAAUGGUACGACAUGACAGAUUUCCAGAAAAAAGCGUUAAUUAUAUGCAUGCGAACGAGUCAAGAGCCGAUUCGAUUGACAGCGGGGAAGUACUAUGUAUUUUCGUUGGAUGGUUUUGCCCAGGUGAGGAUUCCAAUGAGCCCUUCAACAUCACCACCAAAGCAGCCGCAUGGAAAAAUUGUCAAAAACAGUGAGAAAAAAAAUCUAGCAUCGAUUCAAUCAAUUUUUCCAUGUGGUCACUGAACUUGGGGGAAAACCCAUCAACACCUGAGUGACUAAUAAUUGUUUUAUUGUCCUCAGACAAUGAAAGCGUCAAUGGUGUAUGUGUCAAUGCUGCGGAAACUUAUUUAGUAUUACCUCAAUCCAAUUGUUUGUUUUAUAAAGUAUGGAAAUGUAUAGAGUUAUGAGAUGGAGAGUAAUUUUAAUUUCGAGAAAAAUAUAGGCUCAGUGAUAAUGUAAUGGAUUGUGAUGAUUACUGUUGACACGAGAAUGUGAUCGCUACCGGGUCCUGUGGGCCAGCCAACGCGCCUCGAGAGGCCCUUGAGCCAAUUCUUGAGUCAAGAGUCUCGAGCCUGUGGCGAGCUAGAGCUACAUCAGCUCAAAAUGGAUUUCGGUGGUAUAAGAGAUGUCAUCUCGACGAUCCGCAACUUUAAUCUAAUCUAGAGUGAGACGAUCCCUCAAAGUGGAGUCUUGCUCGAGUCGGAGGGGCUCGAAAGUGCUCAAACUCAAUACCACUCGAAAUAACUGACAGACACAACAUAGAUUUGAGGACAAUGUCACGUGUAUAACUA